GCCGCCGCCGCUUCUACCAUCGGUCUCCCGCCUCCGAGCGCCCCCGGAGUUUGGUCUCUCGGGGCUCCCCCUGCCACGCGCGAGGAGCACGGGCCGCGGCCGCUCGCCGCCACCGCCCCGGAGGCUCGAGCCUGGGCGGCGGCUUCCGCGCGCGCCCGCGGGUGCCGGGCCGAGGCGGGCGCCCGGGAGCGCCGUGCGCACGCGCGCCACCCGGGCCCUCGGCGCCUGCGCACUCGCGCCGCCGCGGGCGCCAUGAAAAUGCUGCGCCGGGCGUGGCGGCCGCGGACGGCGCUCCUGGGCGGGCUGGCGCUGUGCGGCGCGGCGCUGCUCUACCUGGCGCGCUGCGGGGCCGACGGCCCGCGCCCCCCGCCCGCCGCCGCCGCCGCCCCGGGCCCCGCCGCGCGCGCGCUCCUGGCCGUGCUGGUGGCCUCGGCGCCGCGGGCGGCCGAGCGGCGCGGCGUGGUCCGCGGGACGUGGCUGGCGCCCGCGCGGCGCGGGGCCCCGGGGGACGUGUGGGCGCGCUUCGUCGUGGGCACGGGCGGCCUGGGCGCCGAGGAGCGGCGCGCCCUGGAGCGCGAGCAGGCGCGCCACGGGGACCUGCUGCUGCUGCCCGCGCUGCGCGACUCGUACGAGAACCUGACGGCCAAGGUGCUGGCCAUGCUGGCCUGGCUCGACGAGCACGUGGCCUUCGAGUUCGUGCUCAAGGCGGACGACGACACGUUCGCGCGGCUGGACGCGCUGCUGGCCGAGCUGCGCGCCCGCGACCCGCCGCGCCGCCGCCGCCUCUACUGGGGCUUCUUCUCGGGCCGCGGCCGCGUCAAGCCGGGCGGCCGCUGGCGCGAGGGCGCCUGGCAGCUGUGCGACCACUACCUGCCCUACGCGCUGGGCGGCGGCUACGUGCUCUCGGCCGACCUGGUGCACUACCUGCGCCUCAGCCGCGAGUACCUGCGAGCGUGGCACAGCGAGGACGUGUCGCUGGGCGCCUGGCUGGCGCCCGUGGACGUGCAGCGCGAGCACGACCCGCGCUUCGACACCGAGUACAAGUCUCGCGGCUGCAGCAACCAGUAUCUGGUGACGCACAAGCAGAGCCUGGAGGACAUGCUGGAGAAGCACCGGACGCUGGCGCGCGAGGGCCGCCUCUGCAGGGAGGAGGUGCAGCUGCGCCUCUCGUACGUCUACGACUGGUCGGCGCCGCCCUCGCAGUGCUGCCAGAGGAAGGAGGGCAUCCCCUGAGCCACCGCUGGUCCGGCGCGAGGGGACAGCCCUCGGUGCCGGGGGACUGCGCAUCGGCACUGGACAGUAGAGUCCCUGGAUGGGGGGGGCAACGAUGUCAGUGAGGGUGGUUUAGGGGCUUGUGAGUGACACACCGAGGCGGUGAAGGAGGUGCUUGGGUGGCCUCCCGCUGGCCUGGCGCCCAGAAGCUGAUGGCUGCAGCCUCGGGUUCAGCUUCACCCAGCUAUGUCAGCUGCCAAGCAGCACCCAGGCCCCCUGUGAUUGCUGCCAGGGGCACGCACCAAGGGACAGGGUCUCGUCACCCGUCUCUUCCCGGGUCUGGGAGACCCCUGUUGGUUACCGGGCAGCACAUCAAGCUCACGUAGAAACGUCCCGCCCCUGGAACUCACACUGCGUGAGCGGCAAUGACGGCAGAACUCCCCCCCUGGCCGUCCCUGGGUGCCUGUCCUGUUGUCCCAUCUCGGGGCAGGGAGCCGGGGACAGAGCCGGCAGCACCUGCACGGAAGGAGGCCCACGUGGGAGCCCACCUGCCGACCCCCCGUGUGCCGCAGUCGGAGCGGCCUUUGCCCCAACUGCUGUUUGGUUACCUUCUUUUACAUUUCAAGUCAGUGUUACUUGUCGUGUGUAAAUCCAAGAUUUAAUUUUGUUUCAUGCUUCUUUGCUUUAAUCGUAUUUUAGGCUGUCUCCUUAGAGUGAAUUUGUUGUGAAUAUAAUUCAACAUUUUGCCUGUGAUUUAUUUAUAUAUAUUGUAAAUUUGUAUAAUUUGGGAGUGUGUGGUUCUCAGUAUUUUUUUAAAUUAUUUUGGAAAAUACUUAUGUCAUAACUUGGGAUUUGUGGACUAUUCUGUUUUUUAAAUUUGAGUUGUAGACAUCAUGGCUGCAUGUGUGUUUAAACUUGGAAGAAUUUUAAAACUGUUUCUCUUUUAAGUUUACACAUGAA